AUGGCGUCGUUCACUGCUGACUCAGAGGAUGGCGGCGGUGGCGGCAGCUGCGCGCCAGCGGCGGCGAUGGCAGCGCUAGAUCGAGGCGGAGCCGGCGGUGGCGCGCGAGCGGUCUGUGGCGUCGCACGCGAGGACGUGGCAGCGGUGGGGCAGCCGUCGCCGGAGCAGAAAGCAGCCACCGCUUUUGCGAGAGCCGUGGUCGCUUCACCCUGCAAGACCAGCCACCGGUGGGCGUCAAGGUUCGGCGGCGGCGUCGAUUUGGAUGAUGAUAUCUGGGAGAUUAGAUUUCAUUUUAGUGGUGAAGAUAAUUUAGAGAGGACUAUUAGCAGGUCAGACAUCACUGUGUUGAAUUUGCUAGCUCUGGUAGAACAACGUGGCUAUGGCAUCAGAGACUACAUGUACUAUGUUAAAGAAAGAGGCAAAGGGAAGGAAGGAAUGGAGGUAGUUGAUAGCAUGGCAAAGGUACAUGAAAUGCUUGAGCUUUAUGACAGUGAGAAGGUACUCAAUAUAACAGUGGUGAAGGACAAAGCGGAAUGGCCAAUUGGUUUGAACAGAGAAGAUGUUGAAGCUACAAAUCUAGUUGAUGUCCCUGUUGUGUUGUCAGAUAACAAGUCAGGGGUCAAUUUCAUGGCAAAGGAAGUGGAGGAGGUGUAUCCAGUGGCAAUAGACUACAGUGAUGUUGUGUACAUUGGUACACAACACAGCAGCACCAUGAAUAAAGGGAAGGGAAAAGAGGUUGCUGAAUCAGAUGAAGAUGAAGACUUGGAAGAUGGAUAUGACAGUGAUAAGGAGGUAAAUGAUAAUGAGGUUGGUGAAUAUGAGGCUGAGUACAUGUACUAUGAUGGUGAGUACAGACCUGAACUAGCAGCAGCUGAGAGGGAGGCAGCUAUUGAAGCAGAUUUGGAGCUAAUGAGGGAGUUUAGGAAGAAGAGGCAUGCAGCACAAAAUGCAGAGAAUGAAGAAAUAAUGGAGAAGCUGCAAAAAAUGAAAGAACAGAAGGCUGACCCAUUUCUUCAUUUUGAAGGUGACACUGAUGUUGAAGAGAUAUUUGAACCAGAGGAAGAUUCAGAGGUUGAGGAAAUUACAGAGAAAAUCAUCCCACUGAAGAACAAGGCAGCAAAGUGUGGUCCUACUAGUAGCUCACAUCAUGAGGUGGUUAAAUUUGAAGAAGGAAAUUAUUUCAUGCCCACAUCUGAUGAAGAGAGUAGCCCUGAUGAGGUUGCAGACAGUGAUGAUGAUGGGUUUGUGUCAAAAUUUGUAUCUGCCAGUGGAAGGAAGAGGAGACUGAAGAAAAUGAAGAAAAGAGUUUGGUAUGAUGAAAACAGGGCAAACCCACAUGAACAGAUAGGUAUGAAGCUUUGUUUCACUGAUGUAUACCAGUUCAGGAGGGCUCUAAGGACAUACCACAUAGCUCAGCUUAGGAACUUUCAGUACUGGAGGAAUGACAGUGAUAGAAUCAUAGUUCUUUGUCCUAGAGCAGAAGAUGGUUGUCCCUUCUACAUCACCAAACAGUCUGAGCAGGCUGUUAGAAUUGAUCCAAACACAACUGUUGACACACUCAUUGACAAUGCAAAGCAGAAGUGGGGUGUACCAGUUCCCAAGAGCAAAGCUUACAGAGCAAGGAAGAAGGCAUUUGCUGUUGUUAUGGGUGACCAGAAGGCACAAUACACUAGGUUGAGGGACUAUCUUCAGGCUGUCCUUGACACUAAUCCUGGCAGUAGGAUCCAGGUAGACAAAGGAUUGUGACAACAAAAUUUAGUGGAGCAUCCUAGCACAAACCCAAGGUUUCAUGGGUUAUUUUACUGUCUGAAUGCAUCAAAGGAAGGCUUUCUUAAUGGCUGCAGGCCCUUCAUAGGGGUAGAUGGAUGCUUCAUUAAAUUGAGCACUGACCAACAAAUACUUGCUGCAACAGGUAGAGAUGGGAACAAUAACAUUUUCCCUAUUGCAUUUGGUGUGGUGGACAAGGAAGACACUGCCAGUUGGUUAUGGUUUCUGACUCAGCUUAGGUACUGUAUUGGGGAGUCUGGAAAAUUUGGAAUGUACACAAUUAUUUCUGAUAGGCAAAAGGGACUUCUCAAAGCUGUAUCACAAGUGUUCCCACAUUCUCCUCAGAGGUUCUGUUUGAGGCAUAUUUAUGCCAACUUCCAAUCUGCUGGAUUCAGAGGGCCAGAACUGAAGAAGCACAUGGAUGCAGCUAGUUAUUGUUACACAAAACCAGAAUUUGACAGAGCAAUGGAUGCUAUGAAGGCAGAUUGUGAGGAGGCUUAUAAUUGGCUCAUGCAGAUUCCUGUAGAGACAUGGGCCAGGCAUGCUUUUGAUACAAACUGCAAAACAGAUCUUGUUGUGAACAAUAUUUCAGAAGUGUUCAACAAAAUGAUCCUGGAUGUGAGGAACAAGCCUAUCAGAACAAUGCUAGAAGGGCUAAGGAAUAAAAUCAUGGUAAAGAACAGUGGGACAAGAGAGAAGACAGAGAGAACCAGAUGGGAGAUCACUCCACACUAUACUGAGAAGUUGGAAGAAGCAAAGAGGUGGUCAAGAGAAUGCACUGCAAAGAAUUGUGAUGUUGACCUGUGGCAGGUUAGCAACAGCAAAAGAAAUUGUGCAGUCAACCUAAAGAACCACACUUGCACCUGUAGGAAAUGGGAUAUCACUGGAAUACCUUGCAGUCAUGCAGUUGCUGCAAUUAUGAAAGUGAGACAGCAUCCAGAGGACUAUGUACAUGAGUUCUUCAAGAAGCCACUGUACAAAGAAGCCUACAAACAUGUUGUGUACCCUGUGCCUGGUCCAGAUGAUUGGAAAAAGACUGAGACUGAUGACAUAGACCCACCUGUUUUCAGAGAGAAGCCAGGAAGGAAACAAGUUAAAAGAAGAAAGGGACAAUUUGAAGUUCCAGCACCAAGAGACACCUCUAGGAUGGCCAGUAUUACUUGCAGCAACUGCAAGGUUGUUGGCCAUAGAGUACAAGGCAAAUUGAUGAGGCACCUCCAGCAGCAGCAGCACCUCCACCAGCACCUGCACCUCCAACAGCAAGAGCAGCACCAGCAGCUCCAAGAGGCAGAGCAGCAGCAGCUCCAAGAGGCAGAGCAGCAGCAGCAGCUCCAAGAGGCAGAGGAGCAGCAGCAGCUCCAAGAUUUUCUGCACCAAGAACAAGCAGUGCUUCUGCUCCUGAUGUCCCAAGGAGGGUUAGUGGAAGGAAGAGACUUCUGA